ACAAUUAGCACUGAUAAGAGAUAACGAGAUAGCUGAAGGCUCAGUCAUCACUGUCUAAUACGACACUCGAGUUACGCAGAAUUACGAAAUCGGAGAAAUUAAAUUGCAAUUUUCAAAAAAUUUGAGAAUCACGCGAAUUUCUUUUGGAACUAUUUUUAAAGGUAUUUUUGUGGUUGAGAGAUUUCAAGACUUUGUGGUGUAUAAGGAAAGUGAUAUAUUUUGUGAUAUGUGAAUACAAAACAUCAUAAAGUGUGAGAUGAAUCUGUGACAGCGAAGUGUUUGCGAGAAAUAAUUAAAAUAUACGGUCAACAAUUAUUCACAAAAAAUGGAAAAUGAUCAGCUAAUAAAAGAUUUAGAAUUCGAGCAAAUAAAUCUACUUUAUGAUGAAUGUGUUAAUUAUUUGAAGAAAAGCAAAGACACAGAUAUUUUCCAAGGAAAGAAAUAUCAUUUGACUGAUGACGACUUUGAAGAGCCUGAUUACGAAACAAUUAAAGAAAAAGAUGUAAAAAACAAAUCAAAAGAAGAAGCAAAUAACAAAACUAAUAAGUAUGAGAAUCAUAAUGGCUUUUACGAACUUAAAAUCGAUUAUAAAGUUGAAAACGAAAUAAUCUCAGGAGAAAGCGUGAACUCUUUGGAUGUCAAGUCGGAGAGAUUGAGGAAAUUGUCGCAGCAGCUUCCAAAAAUAAUCAUAACUCAAAGCAAUACGAGUCUGGAUUUAAAGGAAGGAAAGACGAGGGUGGAGGAUUUGGUACCUCCAGCGAAGCAAGAGCCAAAACAGCAGCAUAAUACUGUGCGAAAGCCCCCGCCCCUCCGUAGAGGGGGCUACGGCGAGUUCCCCAAACGUUUGGUUUCCAAGAACGGCGUGGAGAAUGUGGCUUUGAUAUCCAACGUGCCUUUCGGGAAGAUCCGACUUCUGAACGACACUUUUCACACUUUGAUAAACCUGCAAUGGCGUUGGAUAGUGAUGGGCACGGUGCUCGUCCACUUCACCAUCUGGCUGGUGUUCGCCGUGUUCUGGUACAUCACGGCGCUGGCACACUAUGACUUCGAGCCGAAUCCGCCGAACAAGACCUGCGUGACUGGGGGCAAGGAUUUCGUCAACAUCUUCCUCGCUUCUGUUGAAGCUCAGACGACCAUAGGAUUUGGCGACCGGACGAUUGACGAAGAGUGUCCAGAAUCAAUAUUCCUGUUUAUCAUGCAGCUAAUCCUAGGAACUGGACUAUCCGGAGUCCUGACAUGCGUCGUGUACGCAAAGCUGACACGACCCGAGAAACUGUCCAGAGAUGGCGUUGGGUUUAGCAAGAAAGCUGUGAUCAGUCUGCGCGACGGCAAGCUCUGUCUGAUGAUGAGGGCGUGGGACCUGAACUACGACCACAUCAUCAGCUCGGAGUUUACGGCGCAUUUUGUGAACACGCACAGAACAAAAGAAGGCGAGAUGCUGCGCUACUACGCCCGGGGACUGACGCUCCAGCAGAACCAGUUCCUGCUAUGGCCUGUGACCCUGGUGCACGAGAUAAAUGAGGAUAGCCCCUUGUUCCACUUCACGCCGCAGCACGUUGCGCACAACAGCUACGAGAUCACAGUGAGCCUGAAGGGAGCGUCGGCAUCUAUGGGCACGUUCACACAGAGCCAGACCUCCUAUCUUCCGAAAGAAGUUAUUUGGGGGCAUCGCUUCCCACCAGUGGUCAAGUACGACACGCGAAAACAAAAAUACGUGAUUGACCACCAGAAGCUGGAUGCUACUGAACCAGUUGACACUCCGGAUUACAGCGCUAGUCAAUUGUACAGCAUGCUGGACGACAAGCCUGACCUGCCGCCACGGCCGGGCACGCCCAGUAGCUUCAGCGACAAGAUCUCCGCCUUCCAGCUGGAGAGGACCUCGUCCUUCAAGCGGAGGCCGGUCAAGCCAUGAGCCAGGCUGCGGCAGAGCUACGUCACGAUACGCACUUUCUCCAUUUAAAGUUUUGAAGAUUUCGUUCAUUUCAACCAAAUGUCGUUUACUGCUCAUCAGAUCGUCGGGCCACUGAGUGGGAGGCCUAUUUAACAUUCUAACUGUAGCGUCUUUUCACGAGUGGAUAGGUGACGGUGACCACGGGAAUUGUAAGCAGCUACAAUCUGUCAUUUAAGCGUCUAAGCGCAAGGGAUCUUGCCCAAAAAAUCUGAUUUGCUUCCCCCUGGGGCAGAAACUGGGUAUUCCACCAGUAGCUAAAGCCUGUUGCAGCACUUCCAGCAUACUAGACCAGCAUUUAAACUUCCAAAGCCAUAGAAAGCUAUGGCUUGGCUUGGCGUUGUGGAUAAAAAAAUUGUGAAAAUUAUUCUGUUCGUUUCAACCAAAUGUCGUUUACUGCUCAUCAGAUCGUCGGGCCACUGAGUGAGAGGCCUGCUACGUAUUGCGGUCCGUGGUCGCCACUCCAUAGCUUUUCUGCUGUUGGGACAUUAGUUCUGAAAGCCAUAUGUCGACACACGAUAUCAUAAGACUGGCUCUGGCAAGGUUACGUCACGACACGAGCUUUCUCUAUUUGAAGCUUUGAAAUACGUAACCCUAAUUCAUCAUUUUAGCUUCUUAGGCCAGUCCACUACUGUAAGAUGCCUCCCAUAAAGAAACAAAGCGAUCAUGAACUUCUCAACCUUUUCCAUCUAGCAGUUCCAAUGAAAUUGUUUGGGUACGGUAUUUCGGAUGUUAUCGUUAAUUGUAUCGCAAAAAAAACUUGAUUAAUUUGUGAUAAGAUUGAAUUUCAUACAUAAUAAUAAUAAAGUUUAUUUAUUUCUCUUUCACAAUAUAGUCACUAUAAAAUACUGUUGUGAACAUCAAAAUGCUUAAUAAAAUUGUACGUGUAAUCUGGUUUGUAAAUAAAUAGUAUUUUGCAAUAUUAUUAGUCAUUAAGUUGUUUAUUAUGCUAGGUUUAUCAUUGUGUAAAUUUUUCCAUCUACCUAUAUCUUUUUGCAAUAUAGAAUUUAUAGCUAACUAACUACAUAAAGUGCCACAGUCUUGUAAAUAACUUAUAUGUUCCCUUUAUUUUAAAUUAAUUGUGUAGCUCUGCCUCUUUCUUGCUUUAUGCCUGAAUUAGUGAUGAUAAUUCAGUAUUUUACAUUUAAUUUUAUUGUUUAAUCUCAAUUGUAUACGAUAAACGAUUAAGUAUUAUUGAAAACUAGCUGACCUGGCGAACUUUGUUCCGCCUUAAUGGCAAUAAAUAAGCAGACUUUUUUU